AUGGAAAACUUUGGCUACAAGGAGGGCUCAUCGAAGCCGACGCGGCGCCUCACGGCCAAGUCGAUGAAGCGUCGCAAUUCGCAGAUUCCCAUCAAGCCAAGAUUUUCCAUUUCGCCCGAGUUGAGCGUACACUGGAUGAAUGACCAGGAAGCGAUGGUAACGGAAGAUUUCGAGUACAUGAAGAUUGGUCCAUCGCCCCCGGCCGAGAGUGCACCGAUCAUCUUCGACAGCUACGAAGAGUCGAGCCCCGAGUUCGGCAUUGAGCUGUCGAGCGAUUCGAUCCGGACCGCGCUGAUCGAGCAACUUCGGCUCGCGUCCGGCCGCGUCCAUCUGCUAGACAGUAUUGAGCAGGGUAAUAUGGUUGCUUCUAACGUGAUGGAUUUCUUUGGUGGAGCGAGCAAAACCGAGCGGAAUAUCUGCUUCCUCUGGGCAGCGUUCGCGAAGCGUUGGGAUCUGCUCGAUGCGUUCAUGGAGCACGGUUCCGAGUUGGCGUUUCACGAUACGAACGGCUUCACUGCGCUGCAUCUGAGCGCGUUCAGCGGGUGUUUGAACUGUGCGAGUGUGCUCGUCGCGAAAGGCAUUGAUGUGAACCUUCAACCGAAAGCGUAUACACCGUUGCAGUGUGCAGCAUUUGGUAAUGCGGCUCAUACGGCGCUCUUUCUACUGAGCAAAGGCGCUCGAUUGGAUCUGUGUACGAGACGUCCGGGCGGUGAGGAACCGCUUCUGCACUGUGCGGUGCGGGCCAACGCACUGGACUGUGUGCGACUAUUCAUUGCCGAAGGUAUGGACGUGAACUCGAUCAAACCGAGCGGCAUGAAUGCGAUCCAUUUGGCAGCGGAUCUUGGCCAUGUGGAUUGUUUGCGCGUGCUGCUCGCAGCUCCGGGCGCGGAUCCCAACAUACGUAUCGGGAUACGGGAGAAAGAGUCCACCGCACUGCAUCUGGCGGCGGACGAAGGUAAUGCGGCGUGUGUGGCGCUACUUCUCGAGCAAGGUGCCGAAGCGAGGUUGAAGAACCAUCGCGGUUUCACACCGCUACAUUUAGCGUCGCGUACCUCCAGCCUGGAGUGUGUGGAUCUACUGCUGCGCGCUGGUAGCGCCGACCCGAACGAGGAAGACUUUGACAUGCGGACACCGCUCCACACGGCCAUCGGCAGGUCCGAGUCAGCGUUCCACAUCAUCGAGACGCUCAUCUGUUGGGGGGCGGAUGUUAACAAGAAGGAUGUGUUUGGGUUUACACCACUGCAUCUGGCCGCACUGGAUGGGUUGGCACACUGUGUGGAGAUACUGUUGUUUUACGAUGCGGACGUGACGGCAAAAACGAAAAAAGGCACGACCGCGUUGAACGUGAUCACGCGCAAAACACCCGGCUCGCUGGCGAUGAUAACGCAAAAGUUUGACGAUGCAAUGACGUUGAUCCACUCACAGAAUCCGUCCGAGAAGGAGGUGGAGCUGGAGCUAGACUUCCGGACCAUACUGCAGCAUUGCUAUCCGCGAGAGAUCAGCUACCUAAAUACGCUGGUAGACGAGGGCCAGAAAGAGAUGCUACAGCACCCACUCUGCUCCGCGUUUAUCUAUAUCAAGUGGGGGAAGAUCCGGAAGUACUACAUCGCCCGGUUGUUAUUCUGCUUUAUCUUCAUCCUGUUUCUCACGCUGUACGUCCUGACCGCAUUAGCGCACAAUUGCUAUAACGGCAGCAAAGACAUGGAGGAGACGAUCCAGGAGCAGGAACUCUGCCAGAAACAGUCCAUCCUAGGGAAUAUGUUGCGCCGGAAUCCGUUCGUGAUGGAGAUGCAGUGGCUGGUGCUGGUGGCGAUUACGUUUGUCGAAAUCUGCCGAAAGCUGUACGGUAUUACCGGGUACUCCUCCAUCCGGCGGUACGUCACGCAGAUGGAAAACAUCACCGAGUGGUUCAUCAUCGUGAGCGUGUUUGUCAUCUCGUACAUCUACACGAAGCGGACGUACACUUGGCAGAACCAUAUCGGCGCGUUUGCGGUACUGCUCGGCUGGACACAUCUGAUGGUAAUGAUUGGGCAGCUGCCGGUGUUCGGUGCGUACGUUGCCAUGUAUACGAAAGUGCAGGUGGAGUUUGCAAAGCUGUUCAUCGCGUACUCGUGUAUGUUGGUCGGGUUCACAAUUAGCUUCUGCGUCAUCUUUCCGUCCUCGUCGUCAUUUGAGAACCCAUUCAUGGGAUUCAUCACCGUGCUGGUUAUGAUGGUGGGCGAGCUGGAUCUUGAGCUGCUCAUCAACGACCCGGACGGGAAGGAUCCACCAUUCAUGCUCGAGCUGAGCGCACAGAUCACGUUCGUGCUGUUUCUGCUGUUCGUCACCGUGAUCCUGAUGAACCUGCUGGUCGGCAUUGCCGUGGACGACAUUCAGGCGCUGAAAAAGACGGCCACCCUGUCAAAGCUCGUCGGACAAACGAAGCUCAUCUCGUACAUUGAGUCGGCCCUAUUUAACGGCUGGCUCCCGAACUGGUUGCGCAGUCUACUCCACUACACGGCACUCGUUUCACCGCGCGCCUACCGCGUCAUCUUGAGCGUGAAACCGCUCAACCCGGAAGAGAAGCGCCUUCCGCGCAACAUCAUGAUGGCAGCGUACGAAAUAGCGAAAGAAAAGGAACAGCAGCUGGCAGCCGUCAGUGAACCGACGGUGAUGCCCAACGGUUCGGAUGGGACCCCGCCAGGGCAACCGGCGGAAGCCGUACCGACCGGUACGGAGGCGGAAGGUGUUGUGCUGCGGUCCUCCAACACGCUGGAUGCACUCGCCACCAAGAUCGACCAGAGCGCGGAAAAGAUGAACGAUGUGACGCGCGAGCUGCAGGAACUGCGGGCAGUGCUUAAACAAAACCAGCAGCUGAUCGAUGAGAUUGCGCGGCAGAUAUGCAGCACUCAGAAGGAGUAG